AUGCCCUUUUCCACACAGGCUGAAGAUGAGAAUGAUCAAUAUAUUUUAGUUGCUAGCCUUGACAAUGUAAGGAAUCUCUCAAACAUAUUGAAAGCUAUUCAUUUCAAAGACCAUGCAACUUGUUUUGCAACAACAAAUGGAAUCAAGGUUACAGUGGAAAAUGCAAAAUGUCUGCAAGCAAAUGCAUUCAUUCAGGCUGGAAUAUUUCAAGAGUUCACUGUUCAGGAAGAGUCUGUGACAUUUCGAAUCAAUUUGACAGUCCUUUUAGACUGCUUGACUAUUUUUGGUUCAACUCCUUUGCCAGGAACUUCAACUGCACUUAGAAUGUGUUACCAAGGUUAUGGGCAUCCUUUGACACUCUUCCUGGAAGAAGGUGGAGUAGUGACAGUGUGCAAAAUUAAUACCCAAGAGCCUGAAGAUACACUGGAUUUUGAUUUCUGCAGCACAAAUGUUAUUAAUAAGAUUAUUCUUCAGUCAGAAGGCUUACGUGAAGCAUUUGCUGAAUUGGACAUGACCAGUGAGGUCCUACAGAUUACCAUGUCACCUGAAAAACCUUAUUUCAGGUUAUCUACUUUUGGAAAUUCAGGAAGCUCACACCUUGACUAUCCCAAAGAUUCUGAUCUGAUGGAAGCAUUUCAUUGUAAUCGGACCCAAACCAACAGAUACAAGAUUUCAUUGCUGAAACCAUCUACAAAGGCUUUAGCCUUAUCUUGUAAAGUGUCUAUUCGUACUGAUAACCGGGGGUUCCUUUCUUUACAAUAUAUGAUUAAGAAUGAAGAUGGACAGAUAUGUUUUGUGGAAUAUUACUGUUGCCCUGAUGAAGAUGUUAGUGAUUCAGAGCCCUGACUGAUAAAUGUCUAGCUGUCUCCUUUCACACAGGAAGUAUAGCCCGUAUUCUUGUUCUCCUUUUGUUCUCCCAAUGUAUUUCAGGACUUUCUGGUAGAUAGGAUGAGAAUUUUUCAUUGGGAAACUAGUAACAAAGGACAGAACAGUAUAUUCUAUAAACACAUUAUUUUUCCAUAAAGAUGUUUUCAAAUAGCUAGCUAUCAGUAUUCUGGUACUCUUCUGAAUGUUACCUCUGGUUUAAGUAUAAGCAGUAAUAAACAUUGAUGAAUAAAUUAUGUACAUUAUUACCUUUUCAAAAUAGGAAUCUUUGAGAAAUUCAAUAAUCUGAAGUAGAAAAUUUACCAUUUCUGAAAUGUUCGGUUUACUAUUACAAUUAGAAAAUGCAUGUUUAUGACAAGUCCAUUCAUCUAAGAUUAAUUUGAACUGCACAAAAUAUUAUUUAAGAGAUAAUAAAUAUAUGUGUGUAUAUGUAUGUUUAAAAAAAAUACUUUCUCUUUUAGUAACACCUCUUAAGACAGAAGGGCAAGAGGUAGGCAAUCAGUUACGUGACUUACAUACAACUAGAAAAUGUGUAUGGUCAGAUUUGAACCCAGUUUCUCCCGGACUCCAGGCCUGGUGUUCUGACCACUGUACCACCUAACUGCCUUUCUGUAAAAUUUAAAACUAUAAAUUAGUGAAGCACUCAUUUAUGUGAGUUCUUCAUAGAUGGAACUGGGCUAUCUAUGGGACUUGAGACUGAGAAUUAGCAAAAAUCUUUAAAAUAAUAAAAUUCUAUGAAAAGCUAGAAGGUCAUUCUUUAGAUAUGUUUGAUGUAUUUAAUUUUACAUUAAUACAUGUUAAUGUAUUUCAUAUAAUCAUUUAAAUACAUGAUCUCCCUUGAUUCACCUACAUUUCCUCUUAUAACCAGCUCUCACCCUCUCUCAGAGAUCUACCCUUAUACUAAAGAAGAAAAAAAAUUCAGCAAAACAGUAUACUAAAAAUCAGACCUGUGUGGCACUCUAUACCCAUAGUAUCCCACCUCUACAAAGAAAACAGGGAGAGGUGGCUUCAGAUUUACAUUCAACCUCGGUUGUUAUAAUCAGUUUCAGUUGUUCUGUGGGGCUCCUAACUUUAUGAUAUACUAACUGCCCACUUCAAUUUAAAAAUAUUAGUGGGAGCCUCUUAGAUGCUGGACAUCAUGUCCCUGACCAGAAGGAAGGAAAACCAAAUGCAU